AUGGAGUAUCCAGAAGGAGCAGAGACGAGACCAGAGGACAUCGCGAGCACUCAGACAGAUCAUCCAGUAGGAGUAGAGAGCGAGGAGAAACAACAGGGCAUCGCGAGCACUGGGACAGAGCAUCCUGAAGGAGCAGAGAUCGAGUCGAGAGAAGAGGACAUCGCAAACACUCAGAUGGAGCAUUCAGAAGGAGCAGAGACGAGACCAGAGGACAUCGUGAGCACUCAGACAGAUCAUCCAGAAGGAGUAGAGAGUGAGGAGAGACGACAGGGCAUCGCAAGCACUCAGACAGAGCAUCCUGAAGGAGCAGAGAUCGAGUCGAGAGGAGAGAACAUCGCAAACAGUCAGAUGGAGUAUCCAGAAGGAGCAGAGACGAGACCAGAGGACAUCGCGAGCACUCAGACAGAUCAUCCAGUAGGAGUAGAGAGCGAGGAGAAACGACAGGGCAUCGCGAGCACUGGGACAGAGCAUCCUGAAGGAGCAGAGAUCGAGUCGAGAGAAGAGGACAUCGCAAACACUCAGAUGGAGCAUUCAGAAGGAGCAGAGACGAGACUAGAAGACAUCGCGAGCACUCAGACAGAGCAUCCAGAAGUAGAGAGCAAAAGUCGACCUCCAGAGCAAUCAGACACAGACCUCGCCCUCCAUACCAAAGGGCGCCAUGACCUCGUGUGGCAGCGCCACCAGAAGAUGCAGGUCAUGUUUGAGAACGUCCUGCCUCAGGGUUACGCCAUCACGCAGAGGUGCAGCCUCGAUCAGGAGGAAGACGAGUUUUGGAAGAGCAUGAUCAGUGACUACCUCAAGCCUCUGGAGGAAGAUGACGAUCACAGGAAACGCGUGAAGCAGGAACUCUUCGAGAUAAGAAACAAGGGCACUUUCGUCUACUUCAUGAUCAAUGCACUGUGGCUGGUGGCGACCCUGGCACUGCAGUUCGUGGGAGCCGACCUCUACAUCCAGAUCCCGAGCACGAAGAACGAGGGGACGGUCAUCGACGUGCUGCCCCUCGCCUUCAUGUUCCUCAUCACCUUCUCCAGCAUGCUCAUUGUCCAGUUCCUGGCCAUGCUGUACCACAGGUGAGGAGGAGGGGAGGGGGUCGACCCAUGUGUGGCCAUAGGGGGUGUGUGUGCAUGCCGACUCAGUGACCAACAACAGUAACGAUUAUCUGAAAUGGUCCUGGACUUCCCCCCUUGUGCCGUACCGGCCUUCAUAGGUGCCACUCGCUGACAGCACUUGCCCCAACAGUAUCUUAAGGCUAUCCAGGAGAUCCAUGU